AUGGACGAACUUAACAGUUUAGUUGAAGCAUUUGACAAAAUCGAUGUUAAAUAUGGAAACACUGGAAGAGAGCGUUCCGAUCCAAUGUGGGCAAAACGAGUAGCUGAAAAAGACCAGUUGGCAGAUAAGAUGUAUCGACUGGUUCAGAAGGUGCCUGACUCUUUUCCAUCAACAACCGAUCUUAUAUCGCAAUCAUACGGCCGCCAAACCGUAGCUUUGCAACGAAUUCGGUAUACAAGGAAUCCUCUAAAUUUGGAUAUCGUCUGUUAUAUGUUGCUCAAUUCACCUUCGAACUUUCUUCAAACUCAUAUAAUGUACACGUUUGCUGAGAUUUUGAGGAAUUGUGAUUAUAGACAGUUCAUUCAAUGUCAGCAAACGCUUCUUGAAUACUUUCCACCAUCGAACACAUCUCGAUCACGAACAAAAUCUCAACUGCUUGAAGUCAUAAAACCAAUGCUUCUCUUUUCAAUUGCAGAAAAUACAGAAAAUACAUAUUGGUAG